UCAAUUAGCAUGCCAUAAUGAGAACACUUCAAUUGCUUUGUAAAGAGGAUAAAUACUCGUACAUAUAUAAAGCACAAGAAAACAAAAUCGAUCGCAGUCAUUUGUUAUAUUUCGCAACUAUGGCAUCAUUAAAGACUUUGCUCAUCUUCGGAGUGCUUUUGGCACUAAUCGCUACGGCCUUCGCACAGGGUGGUAGAGGCGGAUUCGGUGGUGGUAGAAACCAAGGUGGCUUUGGUGGUGGUAGGAACCAAGGCGGCUUUGGUGGUGGUAGAAAUCAAGGCGGAUUCGGUGGUAGAAACCCGGGAGGGUUUGGAGGUGGAAACCAAGGCUUCGGUGGCGGCUUUGGCGGUGGCAGGAACCCAGGUGGUUUUGGACAAGGCGGAUUCGGUCAAGGAGGUUUUGCACGCGGCUAAAUACUUUGGUUUAAUGAUUACGAAUUCUAAAAAUAUGGCCAUCGAUACUUUUGAAUUAACACGUCUAUUGCAACUGUUCUCGUUGACUCUGCUCUUUAAUAAUACCUAUGUUGUUAUGUAAAAGCUAAAAUUAAAACUAGACAACUAAUUCAAAUUCUAAAAUAGCAAACUUGUUGUAUUUUAUUGUUUAUUUACAAAACGAAAAUAAAAUGUUGAAAUUGUUAACGAGCUGUUUGAUUCCAAAAACUAUUUAUAGGUACAUUAUGACAACUUUACGAAAUGAUACGAAUAUUUAGCAAGGCUAAUGCCUAGUUAGCUCUCAGAUAAAUUAAUUAGGUAUUAUAAUGUCUCAGCUACAAGCAGGCAAAAAUAAAAACGACAAGUAGGUGAAUACUGCAGAUUCAAUGUUUUUCAUAUUGCGCCAAUGAACUCUAAUUAGAUGCAACCAAUAAUUAUUUCCAAGUAAAACCUCAAAGAUAUGGAAUACAUGCAUUUCAUUACAUGGUGAUCUUAUUAUAGAUAAAAAUCAAUUGCUUUGUAUUGUAUAAAAGGCAAAUAAAAACAAUAUUUAUUGCAGUAGUACUGUAGAAUUCACAACUAUGGGAUCAUCUAAGAUUCUGUUUAUCUUUGGACUGUUGCUGACCUUGAUCGUGGCAGCCUUUGGUCAAGGUGCACGUGGAAGCUUCGCGGGCAUGAGGGGGGGAGGAGGCAGGAACCAAGGAUUUGGAGGAGGCAUGCUCCAAGGUUAUGGUGGCGGUCGAGGCCGCGGUGGCAGGGGUUAAUCGUGGAAUCUAACAAAAUGGUGACUUAAAAAUAACGAAUAAAAUUGACUGAUAAAGCUAUCCUGUACUUUGAUGCUUACUUACUCAAAUAAAAUUUUGCUAUCAAAAUGUUUCAGUAAGAAAUGAACACUUUUAUUUUUGUAAACUUUAAUAAAAUAUGAAUGAGAAAAUAAAAUGUAUGUAAAUAA